GGCUGGAGCGUGAUUUGAAUCCCGUGGUUUUAGAACCUUUAACAAAAUCAACAACACGAGCUUGAAACACGCACAGAUUUAAAAAAACAAAACAAAAACGCACUUGAUUUGCGAGGAACCGAGAAGAAUGCAUAAUGAAACGUCAGACUAACAGGACUUUUUAAUGACAUUUAAAAACUCGACAGAAAGGAGUAUGCGAGAGGACGUAAUAACAUGUUUAGUUAAGAAUAAAAAAGUCUGCUACGUAUAUUUCUGUACCAGCAAACCAAAAUAAGCUAAACCCAUUCCAUCACAGUUUAAAAAGAGAAUUCCAUUAUCAAGAGGUAUGGCUGGAAGUCUUACAUUUUCAGUGGACAUUUGUGUCAGGCAGAACGUUUCUUGGUCGAAAGACAACAAGAUUGCUGUAAAUGUUGACAAGGAACUGUACAUACUGAAACUUGAUUGUUCACCCCAACAGACAAAUACAGGUUUUAAUAUGAGAGUGGCACAAACAUUCUCUGCUGCUAAUCUUGGUGAAAAACAUAUUCCAUGGAAAAACCUGGAGGAUAUAUUGAAAAAUGCAGACAAAACAACAAGAAAUGCUUUCCUUGCUGACUGGACAUUUUCAAAGUUAGGCAGUGGUAGUGGGCUAAGUCCAGCUUGGGGCCCCUGUUGUUGGUCACCUGACAAUGUUGGCCCCAAUCACCGAAGUAUUUUGGCUGCCCUAACGCUGGACCACCAGAUUCACCUUUUUGGCCAACCGGGAUCACUAAAAAAACUGGCUGAUCUCUCAAAUCAGCUGUCCUCUUCUGUAGCUGAUGAGUUUAAUGUGACAUUGGCCACCAUUUCGUCUCCAAGCAGUUACGUGCUAAAGGUUCAAGAACAGAUGGCUAGCAUUGCUGCUGUAGAGCUCACAUGGUCCAGUAUUUUACAAGGAGAUGGUGAUGCUGAGAACAAGUUCCUAUUACUGUUUGUGGGGAUGAAGAAUGGGGAUGUUGUCAUCUGGAAACUUCAGCUUCCAGUCCUUGGCCUCCAAGACUGUUCCAUAUUGUCCAGACACAGUCUGCACAAUCUCAGUGCUGUUACUUCCCUUACCUGGACAGAUGUUCCUCAGCGAAAACAUUUUGGCAUUCUGGGUGUGGGAUAUGAAGAUGGUUGUGUGUACCUUUUGCCUCUGCAAUGGGAAGCAGACUCUUUAAGGAGCCAGACAUUCCUGACAGGUUCUACUGUUAUAGAAAGUGAAGCAGACAACAUGUCUGUCAGUUGUAUGACUUGGAUGCAGUGUGAUGAGACUGGCCCAGUCCUGCUGUAUGCCAAAGAACAUGUGCUCAACAGUCAUUGCCUGUCAUUUCCAGACAACAAUAUACCAGAUGUUUUGCUGACAAAAUCUACUUCUGUCUGUCUAGGAAAUUCGUUUCCUAUAACCUGUCUGGAAUGUGUGGGUUCCACCAUUUUAAUGGCAACUCAGAAUGGUAGUGUGCAGCUUGUGAAAGUGGAGCACAGGGAAGCAGAGUUACAUAUAGAAUGUGAGCGCUCGCUCCCAUUUCAGCACAAGGAAGCUGGGUGGAUAUGUCGAGCAUGCACAUUCUCCCCUAAUGCUGCGUUGUGCAUUGCUUUAUUCAGUCCUAGCUUCAGCUAUGACCCAGCAGCACAACGUUUUAAGGAUCCAACAAAGAUCCACAUGUGUUGUGUUCCCACCUGUGAUAUGAGCAGUGUCGAGUCAAUCGUGACUUCAGAAACAGAUCAGCUACGUUGCUACAGUGAUGUGUUGGAGUUUUCUCGUCAAGUAGUUUGCGGAAAAGCUUUCAACCAUGAACUUGUAGGGGACAUGACAAGGAGGCUAAUGUCCAUGUCAGAUACACGUCUUGGCAUGAUGGUAUCAAGGCACAUGCUGACUACCCUGCAACAUGCUUGUCAAAAUCGACCACUGGAUAUGGAGGUUUUGGAGGCUGUGACAAUGGCACAACAGAACACCACAGAGUCUAUCCUGUGCAACCAUAUUCUUAAUGCUUGGCUGAAUCUGAGCAAUAAGAGGAAAGAAGAUAUCACACGUGAAGACAUGUCAACGGUCAACACCAUGUUUAAGUGGGUCCAAGGGAGUGCUGAUAAGAUGGAGAGAAUAGGCUUGGAGGUCAUUGAUGGGCUCAACUCUGUCAUCAGCCAGGCCCAGGUGUCGCAAGAGACUGGCUGCAGCAUUUGUGGAGCUGCAGAACAAAAAUACAGUGGCAGUCUGAGUGCCCAGUGUACCAAUGAGCAUACCUUUGGAAUUUGUACCAAAACUUUGGCAGUCUGCCAGGACUUUGUAUACCAGUACUGCAGUCUGUGUGGGGCUCUAGCUUUAUCAGUCCGGAAGCUAGAAAGGCUGGAUUGGCUUCCAGGGGAUCCUGCCCUCUGCACACUUUGCUCAAACCCAUUGACGAUCAGUACUGCAGAAUAUGUAAUGUAAAGCAUGGUUCGGCUGACUGGGAGACCUAGAGAAGGGAGAAAGAAAAAAAGAAUUGAUGUGUCGUCAUUGCCAACGUGGCAAUCAAAAUUCGUGACAAACAUAAUUUUUGUUGAGAGAAUCUCAAUAGUUUGCUUGCAUUUUGGCAUGAAAUCAUUACAGAACAAAUAAUAAAUGCAUGUGCGAUAAACUUUAUUAUUUUUUUUUUUUCAACACCUAGAGUGGUAGAAAAGAAAUUGCAGCUAAUAAAAAUCUCUCCUCUGUUUCAUGGAGAGUUUCUUAAUUAUUAACAGAAACAAAAUUUUAACAGUACAUUUUGACUGCUAUAACAAUUUUUUAAAUAAGAAAGUAUCUUUCUUGAAGAUGGACGUUCACACUUUUGUAGGUUAAUGGUAACACAAAUCAGAAACCAAAGCGGCCCUCAUGGGUUAUGAGGAUUACUGUGUCCCCCAAUUUUAUUAAAAAUUGACUAAUUAGAAAAAAAUGAAGUGCCAUGUAGUCCAGUACUAGAAACUGGAAAAUUUAGAAACUGGAAAAUAAGUCUUUCACUUAAUGUAUGGAUCCCACACAAAAAUGCUACAAACGAGUGCUACGUCAUUUUUUUUUAGACUAAUGGAUAAACCUUGAUUGGCUUUUGCUUGAAGCUGACAAACUGCCAAGCUGGUAGUCAUAUGGCGAUACUGACUCAGUAUUUGAAAAGCCCAGCAACUGUAAUUUUGUCAUUUUUUAGACUGUCAAUGUUGGACUUUAGGACUGGUUUAUUUUUAUGUCACUCUGGAAAUAAAAAUAAUCUUUUUUAGAAAA